AUGGACGCAGAUUUGCUUAAGAAACUACUUCCUCACGAGUAUCACGCUUAUCUGAUUAGGAAUGGAGUGAGAGCUGACUCUAGAGGCUUGACAAGCCACAGAUCUCUUACAAUCAAAAGAGAUGUCCUCAAUUAAAGCGUUAAAUUGUCACUUGCAGGAGGGCCAUCCGCUAAUAAUCAGAAUUCACUAUCUCAAACUAAUCUUAGAGUUUCAUCAGCAAUUCACUAAGGCAACACUUUAAUCAUUGGGCAAGCUUGUGUAAAACCCUCAGAUCAUGCAGUACUCUCUGUGAAGCCUCUCUCAGUUAGCGUGCAGUUGAUUCGAGAGAUCUAGACUCUAGUUCGAAGAGACAUGCAAGAGCAAAAAGAUCAAUACUUCUCAGAUCAAGUUCAGUCUAAGCUGGAAAGACUAUUGAAUUUCACUCAACUAAAUGAACACAAACUAGAGAUCAAGUUCUCUUUCAAUGUACUCACUGAUGAUGGCAACCUAUUCUGCGCCAUCACUACUCUUGCUAUGGACUUACUAGGGUAGAUUGAAAGCACUCACAGUGAUAUUAAAUUGAUUCAGAAACUUAUGUGGGAAAGUACUGUUUGUGUAGUCGAGGAUCAGAUGCUCGCAGAUCCAACUCAGGAAGAAAGCUACGUAACUAAUAAUUUGCUAUCUGUUAUGGUGUUUGAAGAUGGUAAGACCCUAUUAGAAAAAACAUAAACAGUGAGAACAUACACAAACGCUAUACAAACACUCGAAUAAAAACCUUCAACUAUGAACUUUGAAUAAAUAGGUAAAAGCAUCGAGUAUAUGAAGAAAUAAGCUACGAGUGUGUUCAAAAUUCUUAGAGAUAAUAUGGAAUAGAGUGAAAAUAGAGAGUAUACUAUCUCUUUUAAUUAAUGA